CGGGCCGAGGCUACCUGAGCCGGACCGGGCGGGAAGCGCGGCGCCGCGGCCGACAUGUUCCAGGGUGCGGAGAGCGAGGUCGGGCGGGCCGGCUCCAGGGCCAUGAAGCCCCCCGGAGGAGAAUCCAGCAGUCUCUUUGGAAGUGCUGAAGAAGCUGUCCCCUCGAGCAGACCCAACAGGAUGGCAUCUAAUAUUUUUGGACCAACGGAGGAACCUCAGCAGCUGCCCAGAAGGACCAACCCCCCAGGGGGCAAAGCAAGCGGCAUCUUUGAGGAGCCCUCCCCUGUGCAAGCCCGACAGCGUCUGAACCCACCCGGCGGCAAGACCAGUGACAUUUUUGGGUCUCCGGUCACUGCCACUUCACCGUUGGCACACCCAAACAAGCCCAAGGAUCACGUUCUGUUAUGCGAAGGAGAGGACCCAAGAUUGGACCCACAGGCUGCAGCAGGAACCGCACCCAGGGAUGAGAAAGGCUCGCGGGAAGCACACCAUGCCAAGGAGCCCGUGCCCACCGUCGACAGCCACGAGCCCAGGCUCGGGCCACGACCUCGCUCACACAACAAGGUCCUGAACCCACCAGGGGGCAAAUCCAGCAUCUCCUUCUACUGAGAGACGCCCCAAGUCCUCUCUAGCCAGGCAAGAAACUCCAGAACUAGGGCAACAGACAUGGUCACUUUUAGCCCAAAUGAAUUGGGUGGGCAGAGAUUGGCGCAGCUGUGAGACUGGCUGCUCACAGAGCUGCACGGAGCUCGCUGCAGGGCAGCUUGAUAAGGCAGGUCCUUCCCCUGGUGGACAUCUAAGAAUGACAGGAAAUCGGGCUGGCCUGGGCAGGGUCCCAGGUGAGACACCCCACUGGACUCGGCCCCCUCUCUGCCAGCCAAGAGCUGUCCACCCCGGAGAGGCUGUGCCUGGGGCG